GAGAGAGAGAGAAAGAGGAGAGAAGAGGGAUGUGAACUGGAGUUUGGGACCAGCACAAAAGAACUCCAUACACUACAAUGGGUUAGCCACAGAACCAGUCAGUUCCCAGGAUGCUUAUAUAAACAUAAUGAAGUGCAUUAGGAGGCCAGUGGAGAACCCAUACCAGUGAUAUUUUGACUAUGUUGCAGUAAAGUGGUGAGCAACUGACCAUGGGUGACUGGAACCUGCUGGGCAGCAUCCUGGAAGAGGUACACAUUCACUCUACCAUUGUAGGAAAGAUAUGGCUUACCAUACUCUUUAUAUUUCGCAUGCUGAUCCUGGGAGCCGCUGCUGAGGAUGUAUGGGAUGAUGAGCAGUCACAGUUUGUCUGCAACACUGAUCAACCAGGCUGCAAGGCGGUCUGUUACGACAAUAUGUUCCCCAUCUCCCUCAUUCGCUUCUGGGUUCUGCAGGUGAUCUUUGUAUCUGCACCUUCACUGGUCUACAUGGGCCAUGCUCUUUACUGCAUUCGUACACUGGAAAAGGAACGCCACCGCCGACGGGCCCAGCUGAAAGAGGACAUGGACGAUUCUGAAUUGGCACUGGAAGAACAUAAACGCAUGGAGAGGGAGCUGAGGAGGCUGGAUGAGCACAGGAAGGUUAAGAAGGCUCCUCUCAGAGGCUCACUGUUGAGAACCUACAUCAUCCAUAUCCUUACUCGCUCUUUGGUGGAGGUCUGCUUCAUCCUGGGCCAGUAUCUACUCUAUGGGGUUCAACUGGAACCACUAUAUAAGUGUGAGAGGCUGCCUUGCCCAAACAGUGUGGACUGUUACAUCUCCAGGCCCACAGAAAAGACUAUCUUUAUGGUCUUCAUGAUUGUCAUUGCAGCUGUGUCACUUUUUUUAAACAUUUUAGAAAUAUCCCACUUAGGGAUCAGGCAAAUCAAACAGACUCUUUGUGGAGAGAGGUACACAGAAGAAGAUAGUUUGAUUUACAAGUCCAAGAAGAAGGCAUCUUUACCACAGCUCUGUGUAAUGACAAAUGUAUCACCUGUUAACGGGCCUUUAACUGGGACCUUCAGCAUGAUUCCAGAGGUAGAAAUGAAGCCUCCCCAUUACAACAGUGGACUCAAAGCCAACCAGGUGACACCAAGACUCAAUAGCUUAACUCAUGUGGGAGCCAGUCAGACCAACUACUUGUGUCCCCAGCCUAGGCUGGCCCCCAUGUUUGGCCAGAAUUGUGUUAUCCAACCCCCCAAAAAAGAUGAACAGUCACAAACCGAUGCAGCUAUAAUGGACCAUCAUUUAACCUGGAAUUCUGUUGUGUCCACUGUUGAAAUGAAUGUGACAAGUUGUGAGGAUAAUCAAGUGAUAGAUGAGCAUCUUCAACCCAGUCAUUUGGAAGUUUUGCUGUCCAGUAGAACAUUAAAACCCAAUACUGUCAGAGAUUUCAAUGAACACAAGAGGAAGGAUUCAAACGAAAGCAAUGUCCUUAUUCCAAACCCCAGGAAAACCAGCUUCAUGACUAGGCCACCUUCUGAAAGCUUGUCAUCUGUGAGCAGCUCCACAAAUCCUUCGUUACAUACCUCAGAGGAAUCAGAUGAACUUGGAUCCCUGCAGGGGGACAUGCCUGUGAUGCCGCCUGGUGGAGGCCGGAGAAUGUCAAUGAGUAUGUUUCUGGAUAUAUCUUCUAUCAUGAAGAAGUGAAGAGACAAAGCUAAGAUCAUGGCAAUAGAAACCCUGCUGGGUCUUAACAGUGGAGAAUCCUUAUCAAAGACCCAGCCAUCAACACUGAUCAACUGCUCAAGUCACAUGAGACCAAAGUCAGUCAGUCGGGCAGUCAGUCAGUCAGCUAUGCUGAGGGAGCAGACUUAGUGCCAUAGUUCAGUAUGUUUUGGAAGCACCUUACUGAAUGAGAAAAGAACUGAAAGAAAAUCUUUCAGCAUGUUAUCUGAAAAUUGUGAAAGGUUGUACAGAAAUAACUAUAUUAAUUAUGGAGCAUACUCCAUAUACUACACUUCAUACCUACGCUUCUGAAACACGGACUUUAAAAUACUUUAAAAAAUAACAUUAUGCAUGUAUAUGUGUAUAGCUAUUUAUAUAAGUCACUUCAUGAGAAAUUAUUUAACUUCAACAGAUACUUAAU